CAUGCCGAGCCAGGGAGGCGACGGAGCGCAAGGCUGGUGGAGCACCCUCGACGGGCACCAUGCGCCUGCCGCCGCCGGGGAAGCCUCCGCUCCUCCUGCCUCUGCGCCUCUCUUGGGCCGCCGCCGCCGCUUAUUGCCUGCUGGUCCUGCAGGCGGACGCCUAUUUCGGCCUGACUGGGAAGGAAGCCUUAACUCAGUUUCCUCUGCUGGGAUCUUCCAUGAACCCUGCCCACUGGAAGGCUCACUUGAAGCAAUGUGACCUGCUCCGGCUUUCCCGGAAACAGAAAAGGCUUUGCCGGCGGGAACCUGGACUGGCUGAGACUUUGCGAGAUGCCAUCCGGCUCAGCGUCCUUGAGUGCCAGCAUCAGUUUCGCAACGAGCGGUGGAAUUGCAGCCUGGAUGGCAGGGCUGACCUUCUGAAGCGAGGUUUCAAAGAGACAGCUUUUCUAUAUGCAGUGUCUUCAGCAGCAUUGACUCAUUCCCUCGCUCGGGCAUGCAGUGCUGGACGAAUGGAGCGUUGCACCUGUGAUGACUCACCGGACUUGGAGAACCGCAAAGCCUGGCAAUGGGGCGUGUGUGGAGACAACCUCAAGUACAGCACCAGGUUCUUGAAGAACUUCCUGGGGCAGAAGAAGGUUGGGAAAGAUCUGCGGGCCAAGGUGGAUAUCCACAACACUAAUGUGGGCAUCAAGGCUGUGAAAAAUGGCCUCAAGACCACUUGUAAGUGCCAUGGCGUCUCUGGCUCUUGCGCAGUAAGAACCUGCUGGAAGCAGUUGUCACCUUUCCACGAAACAGGAAAGCUCCUCAAGUUACGCUAUGACAAUGCCGUCAAGGUGUUCAGUGCCACCAACGAUGCCAUGGGCCACUCAGAGCUGGUGAGCCCCCAGCACCAUGCUCACCUGACUAAAAGCCCCACCUCUCCUCGCCCCACUGACUUGGUUUACAUGGAGGAUUCCCCAAGUUUCUGCCGGCCCAGUAGGUUUUCUGUAGGCACUGCUGGAAGAACUUGUUCCCGGGAAGUCAACUGUGACAGCAUGUGCUGUGGCCGGGGUUACAACAUUCAGACCCGAAUGGUCACCUUCUCUUGCCAUUGCCAGGUGCAGUGGUGCUGCUACGUUGAAUGUCAACAGUGCAUGCAAGAAGAAGUGGUAUAUAGCUGCAAGCAAUAAAAGGUGGUCCCUGGUUGCUGUAGAAAGAAGACAACAUGCCCUGGACCUCCUUGGUACUUUGGUUUCCUCUGUUAUAUUUGGGAUGAAAGUUACUUAUGGGAGUCUCAUCACUUGCAGCAGUUCUACAACACUGGAGAUAAUUGUUCCGUAUAAAUGCAGGGCAAGGUAAAAGCACAACAGUACUGGCAGCCAAA